UGGUCAAUGUCGUAGAACUCGUAGAUACACAUCACGAUAUUGGAGAAAAGUUCGAAAUUUUUAAUUUUAUGCAGUCAAAUAUAGCACAGGAAGCAAUAUAGAAGUUUGUUUUCACUACACAAACAACUAUGGCUUUAACAGUGGACAAAUUGAUGAACGACGAAAGGUUCAGUGGUGACAAUGUACUCCAGUUUCUCCUAUACCUGCCGUUUGGUAUACUACUGCUGGUAGUCAGACUGCUUCUGGCUCUGGUGCUGUGGGUCGCAUCAAUAAUAUUGCCAAACAAAUCUGGAGUCAGACAAAUGCUAUCAACGCUCGCAUGUUGGACAUUUGGUGUAUAUGUAAAACUAAAGGGCACCCGCGACCCGCGCUGUAGCGUGAUGGUGGCGAACUACGUGUCCUGUCUCGACUCACUCGCCGCUUCACAUGUGCUUGGCACCAUUAGUCUCAGAAAAUGGAAAGUUCCUCCAUUUUUUGCAUCAACUCUUGGAAUAAGGAAUGCAGCACAAUUUGUAAGAAAGCAACACUUUGCUGAAUGUCCCAGUAAGCCUGUGCUGUUACAACCUGAAGGUGGGCCGACCAACGGCAAGGGAUUGCUCAAGUUCACAGACUGGCCCUGCCCUCUCGGCAACCGAGUGCAACCCGUCGCUAUCAGUGUAGAGCGCAUGUUCACGAACGUGACGGUGCACGGCGGCGACGGCCGCUCGUCGUUCCCGUGGCGCGACGCGCUGUGGUUCCUGUGCACGCCGCUCACCGUGUACUCGCUGCGCCUGCUGCCGCCCGUGCAGAGGCACGACGACGACGACGCUGCCAUGGCCAGCAACCUUAGUGCGGCUAUCGCUGAGGCGCUGCAGAUCGAGAGAACAGAAUUCAAAUGGGAAGAGUUGCGUCCCCGCGGCCGCGCCCCCCCCCCGCGUGGUGGCGGCGCGGGUGACGUCACCACGCUCGCGCGGCAGGUCAAGGAGGUGCUGCCUGCUGUGCCUAUACACGAUAUAUUGAGGGAUUUAGCCAAAACCCGCAGCGUGGACGUAACAAUAACGAACUUCUUGGAGGGGGUGACGCCCUACACCCCCGAGGACACGACAGAGCCCCGACCCUCCACCUCCAAGCCUCGCUACGUGACUCCCGCACCCACCGGGGUCUUCCCCAAGAGUGCUAAGGAACGCCAGCUCAGCUUCCAAGAACGGAAAGCUCAAAUGAUAGCAGAAGCGAAAAAGAGGUAUAUUGAAAAAAAUGGCCUCAAUCUAGCACUAAAUAAUUGUUGAAUCUUUUUAAGGGUAGUUUGGUUGUUUAUGAUGGCAAAAGUGCUCGAAAUAUGCACGUUAAGCGCUUAGGUACUGAAAUGGCGGCGCUUGUAAUAAUUAAAAUCUUUUUGAUGAUCUCAAUUUUCAAAGAAGUAUUUGCCGUGUUACCACAAAAACUUUUAAACGUCAGUUUAAGACUUGUCUAAAAAAAUGACAAAUUAUGAUGUUGAAAUAAGGUCCAUUUUGGAACCACACUUUUUUUAGACAAGUGUUUGACACGUGGUUAAGUUUUUGUAGUAAGGCCCUUGAUGUUUAAACUAAUUUUUGAUAGCUACCUUCCUAAUAAAGUCAUGCUUGAAACACAUCACAGAUUUAAAAAAGCGAAAUCAAAUCUAUCUUAUUCUCGUCUAGGAUGAACUGAGACGAUAUUGUGUAUAAGGAUACUCCUAAAAUCUAGGAAAAGACAUACACAUCACGGCAUUUGCUUUAAACCAAUUACAUAACUUUUAACACGCAAUAAUGCAUUUGCACUGUGAUCUAAUUUUGUUUUGAACUUAGCUGUAAAUAAAUCGUCACCGCUUAAAAAUUAUUAAUAUAAUGCUAUAUAAAUUCCGCUAUGACGAAUUAUAAAUGUCCAAAGCCGUAAGUUUUAAAGGCUUUCCUACCGGAUUGGUCACUUAUAAAUAUUCAAACCUUCUUAAUUCAAUACAGAAAAUGGCCACAUAGUUCCCUAUUAUUUAGCCAUAAAGUAAACACAAUUAUAGUCAUUUUCUUUAGGGAAUUAUUCAGCACAAUUUCUGUUUAUACAUGGCACCAAUGAAAAAAGGGGAAUAUUUAAAUGUUAUCUCAUGGUAAUUGGGUAUGAAAAAUAAUAUAGACAUUGGAUAGGUGUUGCAAAAGUAUUUUUGACAUUAUUCCUUCCAAUGUGAAGUUUUUGAGAAGAGAGAGUUUUGCUUGGCAAUAAAAUAUAAGGAAUGUUUGACUUGGUUCCAUAUAAACAACUAAAUUACCCAAAGGUUAGCGGAUGGUCACAUGAUGAUAAUCAAAUGGGGAUAAGUAGGUUAGUUAGUGCCUAACUAGGUCGAUUACAUAGUUAAACUUUAAUUGAUCUAAGAGCACAUCUACAUUACACUUAUAUUAGUUACAAGUUACAAAUAAAUCUUACUGAAAAUAUAUUUUUAGUUGAAAUAUUAACGCGAAGUAAAUGUAAUGUAGAUGAUCUAAUCGUUAAGACGUCAUGAAUACGAGUCCUUCCAAAGUAUGACGUACCUACUUGAAGUUUAGUUUUAUAGUGAAAUGUACGGUAGUCGCUACAGUAAUCAUAUUAUUUUUAAAUAAACACUACUAUUGACAAUUGUAUGGAAAUUAUUUUAUAUCUAUUUUUGUGAUUAAACAUUGAAGGUUGUUCGUUAUUUUUAUUUUAUUUUAUGUGGCAACACUUGCCUGUCUUGUAAUUUAAGAUUUGAUUUCACUUGAUUUACUUAUACUGAGAAUUUCGAGUGACAUAAAAUCACUCAUUGAAGAUUAUAUUAGUGUAAGUAAAUGAAGUAGAAACUUAUAUUUUUUUAUCACUAACUGGGUUUGUAAAUUAUUACAUUUAUUUUGGUGUCAGUUGGAGUUUACAUUAGGUUAAUCUAAAUUUUUGGGGAACAGUGUGGGAAUUUUAUGUUGAUGUUGGUAAUCCAAGUGAGUUCCUAUAUUUUUGUGAUUUUUGUUCCUUUUGCACUUGGAAAAUGAUUUUCUUACGCAAUUAGAUUUGAAUUUGGGGGUGGUCAAUCAUUGUUAAAAAGCGUGGGUGCGUAUUACAGAAUGCCAUUCAAGAAUUUAGAGCACAGAAAAUUUGAUAUAACAUCAUCAAAUGGCUCCGUAUUCUUGUCAAAGUAAAAGUUGAAACUCAAAAUAUGAUAAAAGACAAUUUUGUCUCGAGUGGCGUUCUGAAAUAUGCAAACCGUAAAGUAAUUAAUUUAUGGACUUUUACUAAUCACUAUUUUCAAAAGAGGCUUAAAAAUUAUUUUUAUAAUACCAAUAUUUGGGGAUGAAAUUAUCUUAAAUUGUUUUUUCUCCGACUGAUACCGUUUGUAAGAACAUUGGAAUUGAAUAUUUUAACACCUGAAUAGCAAAUCAAAGAUUAUAUUUCUUGUGUUUUGUAAUUCCGUGUGUACAUACAUACAAGUUUAUUAUUAUAGUGAAUAUAUAUAAAUUAUAAAAUCACGCCUGAAUGUAAGUUCAAACGUUAUAGAACUGAUUUUCAUUGUGUUCCGUUAGAAUAAAAUGUAUAAAUAAAA